AUGGCGAACAGCGACGAGCUCGCCCAGAUCGACAUCUCCAAGGAGGUACGCACGUCAUUCCGCGUCGAUCCUCAUGCACUGCGGAACGCCUGCCCGCAAGUUAACGUGGAGGCCAAGAGCUAUGUUCUGGUCAGCAACUUAGACCCUGAGGUGUACAGCAAGUACGUUGAGGACAAGGGCGCUGCCCAUCUGUCUGGCUUUGCUUUCGCUGUCAUUUGCACUAUUCAUCUUGCUGGUGGCAAAAUGCCUGAAGCACCUUGGCAUCAGUUGAAGCGGGUGGGGGGGGUGAAUGAGAAUGAUGAAACUCACCCUGUUCUUGGUAACAAGAAGCUCGAACACCUAGUGCAGCAAAGGUACCUGCUGAAGGAGAAAGUUGUUGGACCAGAAGGCCAUUUCAUGAUGUAUGAACUUGUUGAGAGGGCAUUGGAUGAAUCCAUCAGUGCGAAGAUUAAAGAUCAUAUUUCACAGGUUGUGGGCGCAAGCUUGCAGAAGUAG